AUGCUAUACCGUCUAACUAAUCAAUUCUCCACGAAUCAAAGCUAUGCUCAUGCUCAAGCUUAUCAGGAAUUCCUACAAAAUUAUGAGGAUCUCGGACAUAUGAGACAAGUUCAUUCUACUCAACCAGAUCCGGAGUUUACGUAUUAUUUGCCUCAUCAUGGAGUAUUCCGAGAGAGCAGCCUAACAACCAAGCUCAGAGUGGUGUUCAACGGGUCAAACAAAACCAACAACGGAUCAUUAUUGAAUGAUCUACUGCAUGUAGGAGCCAAACUACAAACCGACGUCUUUGACGUACUUAUUUGGUUCCGACAAUUUCGAUACGUCUUUUCCUGCGACAUAGAAAAGAUGUAUAGACAGAUUAAUGUCCAUAAAAAGGAUUGGGACUACCAACUUACAUAUGGAUUAGCGUGCGCUCCCUUUUUGGCACUUCGAACAAUUACGCAGUUAAUUGAAGAUGAAGGAAAACAAUCUCCCCUCGCAAUUCCGCCACUCACAAAAGGAAGGUAUGUCGACGACAUUUUCGGAGGAGCUGAUUCCAUCGAACAAACAAAGGAUAUCAUAAAACAACAAAUCAAUCUGUGCACGGCGGGCGGUUUUCCGCUUCAGAAAUGGACGAGUAAUAACUCAAAAAUGCUCGAAUUCACCUCGUUCAAUCAACACCAACGUCCCACUACUAUCCACUUCGAGGACACACCGACAGUCUAUAUCUUGGGUCUAUGCUGGAAUUCUGUCUCAGAUUCUCUCCAAUUUACAAUCAACUCCGUUAAAUCAACAAGCAUAACAAAACGCAUCAUCCUUUCCACAAUUGCCAAGAUAUUCGAUCCACUCGGCUUUUUAGCCCCAAUCAUAAUUUCAGCAAAAAUUCUGAUACAAGAACUCUGGCCUAUCAAGCUUAGCUGGGAUGAUCAAUUGCCGCCUUCCGUUAUCGACAAAUGA